AGGGUUGGUGGUGGAGAAAAGUUUUAAUUUAGAUACGCCUACUCCGUGUUUGGAUACUCCGACAUUGUCCCAAAAUGCUGAAGAUCGUACCCGAUUGGCUGCAGUUCCGACCAAUGAGAGACUAAAGCGCGAAGAGGAAAAUGGUGGACAGAGCAAAGCCAAAGCUCGCUACUUCCUGUUGAGCAGAAAGAAAACUGUCCAUGGACGACAGCGUUUAAAUAACGAAGGAAACUAGGCUAAAGGUUUUAAAUCUCCUCACUUCAAGUCUGGAUUCCGUCCUCAGCCAUAAUGUCCCUGAGUGCGUCUGGUGGUUCGGGGCCGCAGAAAAGGACUGUGUGCAGUCUCCUCGCUGGCCGUGUGAUAAAGAAACCAAAGCUUGAAGAUGGUCAUCAGCUGCAGGAGGCAACAAUCCAGCUGUUGGAUCUGCAUCAGAACCUCUGCAGCCUGUUCAGGGAGCUUGGGAAUACAGAUCCGUGUGACAUUUUUUGUUCUCAGAAUGGUCACAAGCAGAAAGAGGCAGCAUCCGAUGCUAAUCACCGUCACGUUUCAGGAUUGCUUCUGGUGUGUGAGCUGAGGCGUCAGGCUGCACAGCUGGGUGUCUCUGUAGGAGCGGUGUCGGUAAAAACAGUGCUGGAAAGACUAAUGGAGAUCACUGAAAGACAGGAGGAGAAUGACUGGGACAGUCGGAGAGAGAUGCUCACGUCCUCUCAGAGAAUCAAGCUGUGUGUUCUGUUGGAGUCCACCAAAGAGCUGCUUUCUCAAGGAGUUCUUUGCCCCAAACUGCUGUGGGUGGAGUACAGAAGAGAUCAGAAGCAUCCCAAACUGGAGGUGGUGUACUAUCUUCACCUUUACAACAUCCUGACUUUGGACUACAUUGUAGAGAGUGAUGAAAAUGUGCGAUCAUGGCUGCCAUGUCAGUUAAAGGCUCUUUGUGGCUGGACGCCAUUGCAGGAAGAAGAGGAAACCAAAAAAGUUCAACAGAAAGUUUUGUCAACUGUGGCUGGAGUCCUGGUAGGAGCAGGGUUUGAGUUGAGACCAGAUCUGGCAGCUGCAGAAAGGAAGAUCUCGCUGCUGUGCAGAUCAGUGCUGGAUGACAUGCUUGUCUGGUUUCUGGACAUCGAGGAAAAAUGUGGCGAAGGCUCAGAGAAAUGGAUUCAGACAUUUGAUGCAUCGCUUUGUGGAGCUUCUGUGUCACCAGAAGCCCUGCAGCAUUUCUUCAUUCACUCUCUCACUCAAAUUUUCACCUGCAACCCACGACUAACAGUGUCAGAUGCUGUCACCUUGCAGAAUGAGUGGACUAUUGCAAAAGUGAGCCACUGUCUGACCUCACUUUACUGUAAGCUGGGUGUGAUCUUCAGUGUCAAGCAGCUGCUACACCACCUGCAGCAGGUUUUAGAAACCCAUGAGGUAAACUGGAAACAUAUCCUGUGCUUUGUCUCCUCCCUACUGGUUUAUUACAAGGCGGCCCAGCCAAGCCUCAGAGAGUUGUUGUCCAGACUGCUGAGCUCUGCAUUUGAAAGCUAUGACCUGGAGAACAUGAUCACGGCCUUCUUGUUGGCUCGACAGGGAGCUCUGGAGGGCGCCGGCGUCUUUCUGUCCUACAGCGACUGGUUCAAGAUGUCUUUCGGUGGCUCCACUGGCUACCAUGCAAGCAGUAAAAAAUCUCUGGUGUUCCUGCUGAAGUUCCUUUCUGACCUGGUGCCCUUUGAACCUCCACUGUAUCUAAAGGUUCAUAUUCUUCACCCUCCAUAUGUGCCUGCAAAACACCGCAACCUCCUCAUGGAGUACGUCACUUUGGCAAAGACAAGACUGGCUGACCUCAAGGAGUCAGUGGAGGACAUGGGCUUGUAUGAAGAGGUUUCUGAUACAGGUUCAUCAUUGCAGCCUCAGGGCCAGGCUGCACAGGAUGUGGAGAAAGCAGUGUCUCUAUUUGAGAGCACGGGCAGGAUCUCUGCAACAGUCAUGGAGGCCAGUCUUUUCCGGAAACCAUACUUUUUAACAAGAUUCCUUCCUGCUUUGCUUAAACCAAGAGUGCUUCCACUGAAACCCGACGCUCAGAUGAAUUUCACUGAAGCUCUGAAAAAAGCAGAUAAGAUCCCAGCUGCCCAGUAUUCAUCGUACGUGGAGUCCUGUCAGAAACGAAGGCAGCAGAACAAAACUGCAGAGUAUGUGGACACUAAAGAGGGUCCUCUGGACGUCCUGAAAAUUCAGCUGCAGGAGUUUGCAGCACUGGUCGUUGGAGGAAAUGAUGGAGAGAUGUCGGCCCAUCUAUCCAGGAUCUCUCACACUCUGAACGUUGUCUUCCCUGGUUCUCCUGAUGAGCUUACAAGACAAACAGCCGUCAUACUGAACAUGGACACUUCCCAGCUACCUGAGCUUCAUAUAAAAGUUGUUAAUUUAAUUCUGCAAAACUUCUGUCAGUGUCUAUUAAGUGCAUCCCGAGGAAAUCCUCCAAAUAAACAAAGUUUUUGGGGCUGCAGAUUUGUUGGCGUGCUGCUUGGUAACAGACAGCUUCUCUCCAGCGUAAUACACAGACUGUGGGAUCUGUUUCACAAUCAGGCAGCUUCACUGAGUGCUGUACACAUACUUGGCCUGGCAGCCUUCAUGGUCCACCUUCAUGCCUCCAUGGCAGUCAGUCCUCUGGUUCAGUUGUUGCCACCCAUGCAGAUACAGGCAGUACCUUUGGCAGAUGGUCUCAGUGCAGCAGUAUUGUGCAACACACAUACCAACAUGAUCUUCUCUGUCAGGUUGUGUGUGGCAGCUGUGUGUUAUGGGCUCUGCAGGGGAGAUUCUGUGUCUCCACAGCAACAGCAGGAUUACAUCCCCAACAGCCUCUAUAAAAAGCUUUUGUAUCUUAUUCCAAGGCUCUGCCCGGAGGCAAGAAUCAAUUUAGACUGUGUUUGCCCAGAUGGACAGCUAGAGGACAGUCCAACCAUUCUGUGGAGCAGCAUCACAGAUGAUAAAAACAAUUGGAUGAAGGAUGUCCUGCAUCUGUGGAGGCACGCUGCCUUCCAGCAGCUGGAGCAGAUGCCACAGUAUCAGUUAUGUUUUUCAGAGUGGCUGCAUAAUGAGCUAAGAGUCCAAAGAAAUGAAGAUGUCUUGUCGGACACUCAACGGCAGCAGUAUCAGCAGUGGGCCUGUUUGGAGUUUUAUCUGACUCGUCCAGAGGAGCAAGGAGGUUGUGGAGGAGACGCAAAGAAGCUCUGCACUCAUCUGUUUAACGGCAUCAUGGACCAACCAUUAAGUGACCUGAACCUGGAAAAGCUGAAUUGUUCUUCAGGAUUGUCAGGAGCAGGAACUUGUUUACCGGACCUCCUGUCCAGAUUACAGGAGCUGGUCUAUGAAAUGGAAGUGAGCAACCUCUCAGGCAAGUGUAGACGCAGAGCAGAUCUGUGGGACUUCCUGUUUGAGAUAGUGUCUCAGAGAUGUUCUUCGUCUGUCAGCAUCACCUCCAAGCUCAGCCUACAGCGAACACUACAUGCAUGGAACAGAGUACUCCUGGCUCUCCCUGGUGUGGUGUUCUUCAAAAUAAAGACUGAAGGUGGGAGGACAGCUCUGGAUUGCAACACGCUUAUAGAGCACAUCAACCAGCAUCAUAGGAAGGUGUGUCCUCCAGCCAGUGUGCUACCCUGUUCAAUAACAGCACACUUUCUUAAGGGUCUGCUAUGUGCUGGUGUGCAGUGUGAUCAUCCUGCAGGGGAAGUCAACAAAGUUUUGUCUCAGAUGAGCAUCACUUGUCCUCUUUUCAUGGUUUCUGCUGUGGUACAGUUUACUUUUCAUCGCUGGUGGCAGCAGUUGUCUCCACUCCUGUUUUCUCUGUGGGCUCGUCUACGUGAUGGAGAGUCUCUUCCAAAGCAGCUGCAGCUCCUCACAGACUGUCGACGGUGGGCCUGCAGUCUGAGCCAGGGUCUGGUGAUCCAGAUGCCUCCAGCUGCUGUUCUGAUUUGUGCAGCCAGCCUGCAUGGUGCCUAUAGAGGCUGUGAGGAACAGCAGCAGAGCUUCAGUGAUGUUCUGAAUGCACUGAAGCCAGAGACAGAAGCCAAACACCAGCAGGUUCUUGUUUCUCUGCUCUUCCUUUGCAUGAAGGACUACCUGUCAGCUCUUCUGUAUCCUCAGGGGAAAAGUUUUGAAAAAUCCAAAUAUUUCUGCUCAGAGCUCCUGACUGUAUUGGUGAAGUCUACAGACUGGCUGCUAAUCUUCAGGUCCAAUGAGCAAAACCGUUAUCAUUCAGUCACCCUGACAUCUUCAGAUGAUUGCAUGCAGUUAAUGCCCUGGGCUAUCUGCAGUUUGCUGCUGCUGCAAAGCGCCGAGUUCCUCCAGAAGGCUCUGUGUUGUCCAGGGUUCCUCCAUAAUGCCAUCCUCUGGUACCUCUCUGUGCUGCAGCUCUUCCUGGCAGGAGACACGUACACAGCACUACCUGAGAAGAAGGUGGAACCCUCCCAGAUUCUGAAGGACACCAAACAAUUUGUCAUGAGUUUGAUUUCGCAGGCACCUCCGGCAGCACUAUCCUCCAGCCAGCUCAGACAGCUGGAGUGUCAGUGUGCAGACCUAGACCCAGAAUUGGCUGCAGCUCUUUCGGUUCACCUGGACCCUCACAGUCUCAGCCCUGAGGUGGACUUUCUUCAAUGGUGAUAGACUGACCAGAAACAUGUGAUCUGAUGCUGAACAUCAAACGGCAGCAGUCGGCUUCAUUUAACAAAAACAUUUUAUUUUAUUUUUUCUGCAGAACACAAAUGUACACGAAAAGCCCUUUUGUUGCUACAUUACAUGGUAAUAACUUAAUAAAAACAGUCAAUACUUAAA